GUUGCUUUUCAGACAGAAGCACUCGCACCUCUGAACUUCCUGGGUAGGAAGCUCCACUUUGGCGGAUCUGGAAAGAUUUGGAGAGAGAGAGACCAUGUCUUCAGCUUCAAAGAGCCCCCAUAGAUCAGAGCCAAUGCCGGAGAUCAUGGUGAAAAUCAUUGGAAGUAAAUAUUUUCGAUAUCUUGUGGAAAAGCCAAAGAUCAAUCAGAAUGAAAAGUCGAAGACAGAACCUCAAACCACACUCCAGAAAUCCAGGGCUGAUUAUGCAAGGCAGGUGAGCAGAGACCUGCCAGGACCCUCCAACCCUUCUGAUCAGAAAAUCACUUCUAACCCUGCUGAGAAGGAAGACAGCAAGCACCCAAGCAGCAGUCAGAAACCAGAGAAAAACCAAAAAUUCUUAACAGGCGUACCUAGUAACAAAUUCCUGGAUGGCAGGACUUCCCAUGAAGCAAACGUCUACUGCAGCUCUGUACCAACUGGAGACCAGUCUCUAUCCUAUAUACACUGUCUCCCCAGAAGAAAUUCUAGAGACUUGUCUGUGGAACAUAUAACCAAGAACAGAAUGGGCCAGCCUGAGGAAAUUGUUCAAAGGCCAAGUAUUAGGACAAGAGAAGAUGCUUUCCUCCUCACUUUGGUCAGAAAAGAACUCAAGUCAUACCUACGGAGCUCCAGUCUGUGGGACAAACUUCUGAAAGAGUUGAAGACACUGGAUCCCAUCUCUUCAGGGUUUCUCCUCCAGUCACAGCUGAGCCGCCUUUUCGUAAGGCUUGAAGUCCCUCUACAGUUGCCAACAGUCAAGCUACUCUGUCAAAGAUUUUCUAGAAAAGAUUCUCCCGAAAUGGUGAAUUAUAGAGAGCUACUCUGGUUUUUAAAAGGGGCAAGUUCAGAACAUUUGCAGAAAAAUGGAACUGCUGUAUACCCUGACCCAAGGAAAACUCCAAAUCAAAGCAAACACAGACAAAGUCUUCGAUUUGCCUCGCUAAGCAGCACACCCCCUCAAGGUUCUGGCUUACUGUCUGAUGUGAACAAGAGCUUGCUGGAGAUUUUGAAGAUGGCACUAAGAACAUGCCAAGGCAGAAUCAACAUAGACAACCUCAACCUGAGCUUUCGCAAAGAAGAUCAGUCAUUCUCUGGCUGCCUUCCCCUGCCCAAGGUCAGAGCUAUAUGUGGCAAGCAUGGAUUGUAUCUAACCUUGACCCUGCUGGAAACAUUGCUUAACCACCAAGAUUUGGGUUACCAAGGUGAAAUAAAGUGGCAGAAUUUUGUUAAGUGGCUGAACAGGGCCUCUUCUGAUCUGUUGUGCGAUUCGCCUGCAGGAAAGAAUGAAAAGAAAACCCCAAGGGACUUGGUCGAAGUCCCUGAGAGGCCCCAAAGCAAAACUGAACAUGUGAAAACUCCAGAAGAGAAUCUAUGGCCAGAAAACCCUACCAGUGUGAUUUCAGCCCCACAAGAACCAGUGAACUCCUUUAAGAAUAGGCCAGUGUCUCAGCCUGAUUUGAGUCCAACCAUGAUGAAGGAGGCUGAACGACCUGAGCUGUGGAUAGACAGGUUCCGAAAGCUGGAAAACGCCCUCUACUUAUGUGACCUGAGCAACACAGGAGUUCUGGAAAAGGAAAGAGUCAGACGCCUCAUCCACAACUACAAUCUCAUUUACAACUUGUCCCUGAGUCCUCUGAGAAUUGACCAGGCCUUGCGGAGAUUCCGUUCUGGGGAAAAUGUAAGCUUGGAGCCAGCACUGCGGUACCUAAAAGAGCUGUAAGAACAAGCAUGCACUCUGAGAACUGAUGUUUCUUUCAUCUCCCCUUUACCUGGACUUGUGCCUUUCCUCAGUCUGCAGGCUGGGAUAGAGGCUUUGUCUGAGCUGAGACAGAUAUCGUUGUUCUAUCUACUUUUGCCUUGAAUUUGGCUAUCAGGAGGAGCUAUUCACAAUGAUCAGAGAAAUCUAGUUUUCUCUUCUGAUCUAACAAGAGUCCAAUCACUUACCUUGCUCUUCUGUUCUUACAGAGCUUAUUGUCAAUGUGUUUGAUGCUUUUUUUCUACAUUGCUAACAAACUGCUUUUGUUUGUUAGGAAGGAUUUCCACUACAAGAAAAAUAAAAGUAUUGACACUGAA